AUGUUCGCACGCUGCAAUGGUGCCAUCUGGAGGGGGGACGACUUCUCGCAGUGCUUCCAACAUGACUACCUUCAAGUGCUCCUUCCGUUGAUUGCGUGCGGCUUUUCGGUCAUCUACCUGGCCUACCAGACCUGGGCGGCGAGGAGCAAGUCGAAGCGAGAGGGAUACAGGCAUCUUAAGCAACAUGUCUGGAAUGGCAAUCGCAACUGCGCCCCAAACCACGACGACUCGGAUACCGAUGUCGACGAAGAAGAGGAUGAGAUGCAGCGAAAUCAAGACGCGGUGCUGGAGCUGUCCAAGACCAAAACCAAUGCCUCGGUUCUGACGCUCGAUCGACCGCGAGGCGAAUUGGGAAUACUGCUCAUUGAAGAAGUUGCUGUGCUCGCAGAGCUGGGCAUACAGGUCGCCGCUCUGAUAUUGCAGGCAUGGGGUUCAAAKGGCAACGCCGCUACGAUCGCCGGCAUUGCUGUGUGGUCGUAUAUCGCGGUGCUAGCGUCGCUACGCUUGCUCUUCUCCAGCACCUCCAAGUGGUCUUUCCCAAAGCUAUGGUACCAUACUUUCUUUCUCUACGGCUUCCAGUGGCUGUGCGUAGUCAUGCUGUUCCGCUCGGAAAUUCUUCACCCGCGAUCAAGAACCUCAGAGGUGCUGAUGAGCAUAGACUUUGCGCUCAACACUCUAUUGGCCUUGGUGGCUCUCACGUCACGAAAAGGCAAUCGAGUCGUUGAACUGGAGUAUGAAGGCACGUUGGAACCGUCCAGAGAGCCUCUCGCCAGCGUCUUCUCCCUCGCGACCUUCAGCUGGGUGGACUCGAUCGUGUGGACGGGCUACAAGCAGACUUUCGAGAUGAAGGACGUUUGGAAUCUGAUGCCCAAGGACAAGGCCGCUGCCAUCCUUGCGGACUACCGGCAAAUCAAGAAGACCAACAUUCUUGCUUUCCAUCUACUCGGGUAUUUCAAGCGCGGCUUGCUCAUCCAGGCCGGCUGGGCGGCAAUGUCUGGGAUUCUUACUUUCGUCCCCACCCUCUUGCUCAAGGUCAUUCUGGAAUAUAUUGAAGAUCCGGAAGCUACGCCACGGAACGCAGCCUGGUUGUAUGUCAUCCUGCUUUUCAUUUCCGGUGUUCUGAACGCCCUCUCAAGUGGACAGGCUCUGUGGAUCGGUAGGAAGGUCUGCAUCAGGCUACGUGCCAUCAUCAUUGGCGAGAUUUAUGCCAAAGCUCUACGACGACGUGCAGGCGCCGCGCCCGACAAGGUCCUGGGUCAGGAGGAGAAGAAGGAUGAGGAAGGGCAAAAGCAAAAGCAUGGACUACUGCAGAAAGUUUUGUCGUUUGGACGCAAGAAGAAGAACUCGACCGAGAAUGGCCAAGCGAAUGGCGGACAAAAGGACGAUAACCCAGCUGAAGAAGGCCAGGUUUCUUCCGGUGCCAUCAUCAACCUCAUGGCUGUCGACUCUUUCAAAGUCUCUGAAAUCAGUGCUUAUCUCCACUUCCUCUGGGCAGAGACGCCGGUGCAAUUCAUCCUCGCCAUCUUGCUUCUUUACCUGUACCUGGGAAAGAGCAGUUUGGUGGGAAUUGGCAUGAUGGCACUCCUCCUUCCGGUCAAUAUGUGGAUCGCGAAGCAGUUCACCUCCGUCCAGAAGAAGAUCUUGGCUGCAACUGACGCCAGAAUACACAUCACGAAUGAGGUCCUCACCAAUGUCCGAAUCAUCAAGUACUUUGCAUGGGAGCAGCGGUUCUUAGCUGMAGUAGACGAGAAGCGAGUGGUUGAGAUGAAGUAUCUCCGGAAUCGAUACAUUGUUUGGUCGGCGGCAGCUACUAUCUGGUCCGGCGCCCCGAUCUUGAUCACCUUCUUCACGUUUAUGGUGUAUACUCUGGUGGAGAAGAAAGACCUCGUUCCUUCAAUCGCAUUCACGGCUUUGUCGCUGUUUAGCUUGCUCCGAAUACCUCUUGACCAGCUCGCCGAUAUGGUAGCUCAUGUACAAGAGUCCAAAGUUUCCGUGGACCGCAUUGAGGAGUACCUCAACGAACCUGAAACCGACAAAUAUCGUCAACUACUUAAUGAGGAGCUUGAUGAGAACGGAGAAUCAAUGAUUGGCUUUGAGAACGGCACUUUCAGCUGGGGUGGAAAAGAUGACGAUGACUUCAAGAUGAUGGAUCUCGACAUGACCUUCAAGGUAGGCCAGCUCAAUGUCAUCAUUGGUCCUACUGGAAGCGGCAAGACCUCCAUGCUCAUGGCGCUUCUGGGCGAAAUGAAAUUGCUCGAAGGACACGUAUAUCUACCAGGCGGUCGUAGCAGAGAGGAGCUCAAGCAAGAUCCCGCCACCGGCCUGACAGAAAGCGUGGCCUACUGCGCACAGCAAGCCUGGCUCGUCAAUGGAACUGUCAAGGACAACAUUGUGUUUGCAAGCAAGUGGGAUGCGCAACGAUAUAAGGAUGUCAUUGUGGCAUGCUCACUGCAGAGAGAUCUCGAGAUUCUGGAUUCGGGGGAUCAGACGCUUGUUGGCGAGAAGGGCGUUACACUCUCAGGCGGUCAAAAGCAGCGCAUCAGUCUGGCCAGAGCACUUUACUGCGAUGCCCGACACGUUCUUUUGGACGAUGUGCUCAGUGCUGUGGACUCACACACCGCUAAGUGGAUUUUCGACAAAGCGCUAAUGGGACCGCUCAUGUACAACCGAACAURCAUACUUGUAACGCACAACGCAGUCCUCGCGCUCCCUCAUGCGGAAUUCGCGGUUGUCUUGGACAAUGGCAGAGUCUCCGCACAAGGGACCGCAACCGAAGUCAUCAAUUCUGGCAUGAUUGCGGAAGACCUGUCCAAGUUGGAAAUGAAAACAAUCUCGCAGCCAAUCUCCAGAGUACCCUCACGCGUACCUUCGGAUAUCGGGGACGACGCCGAGCCCACUGAUGCACACGCUAAUGGCUCUGCCGUCGGAAACAUGAAGAGGCGAGACACCCAGACCAACGGCGAUGCUAAUGGUGCCCCUCUAUCUAAAGCUAUCUCCAAAGACAUUCCUGGCAUGAACAAGGCGGUUGAGGAAGAGACAAAGGCUACCGGCGCAGUCAAAUUUACCAUCAUUGCCUCCUAUCUCCGGCAUAUGGGCGGUGCCAUUUACUGGAUAAUCGCUGCUCUAUGCUUUGCGCUCCAACAGGUCUCGCAGGUUGCCACCAACGUGUGGAUCCGCCAGUGGGCCAACUCAUACAACAAGAACGAGUUCAUGAUUUCGAAAAGCGGUCACCAUGCAUCUCCAAUCACCCAUGUUCGGGCCAGCGCGAGCGGAUUCAACUGCCUCCGGAGCGGCUCAUGCCUGUACAACCUGCCAUUCUGGUCUCAAGAGAUGAACAACCUCAGCAGCUUCAAGAUUCUCAACUCCGAAGUGGACGUGGGAUAUUAUCUGGGAGUAUACGCUGUACUUGGCCUUGCCUUUAUGAUCAUCACGCUCCUGCGUGAGCUUGUCCUGUUCGCUGGCUCACUCAAUGCGUCAAAGCGAAUCCACAGGCAACUCAUGGAUAGAGUUACCCACGCCAGAUUCCGUUUCUUCGACUCAACCCCACUCGGUCAGAUCAUGAACCGAUUCUCGAAGGACAUUGAAGCUGUAGACCAGGAGCUGGCUCCCGUGGCCGUCGGCGUGGUGCACUGUCUGUUCUCUCUGCUCACAACUGUGGUCCUCAUCUCGGUCAUCACCCCGGCUUUCCUCAUUGCAGGCUUCUUCAUUGCCAUCAUCUACUUCAUCAUCGGCAAGGUCUACAUCAACGCAUCGCGAGACCUCAAGCGCUUGGAAUCCAUACAGCGAAGUCCACUGUAUCAGCAGUUUGGAGAAACCCUGUCUGGAAUGACCACCAUCCGAGCCUAUGGCGAUGAACGCCGCUUCAUCCGCGAAAACCUUCACCAAGUCAACACCCACUCUCGACCAUUCAUCUAUCUUUGGGCCGCGAACAGAUGGCUCUCGUUCCGUGUCGACUUUGUUAGCGCCCUUGUCGCAUUUCUCACUGGCGUGUUUGUCAUCCUCGGCGUAGGAUCUAUUGACGCCGGAGCUGCUGGUUUAGCCAUGACAUAUGCCGUGACCUUUACGGAGAAUGUCCUUUGGUUUGUGCGCCUCUACGCAAGCAACGAACAGAACAUGAACGCAGUCGAGCGAGUGAAGGAAUACCUGGAUGUUGAGCAAGAGGCCGCGCCCAUCGUGCCCGACCAUCGACCCGAGCACAACUGGCCAAGCGAAGGUGCUGUAGAGUUCAUCGAUUACAGCACACGGUACCGCAGUGACUUUGACUUCGUGUUGAAGAACAUUACCUUCAAGAUCUUGCCGGGCGAGAAAGUCGGCGUUGUGGGACGAACUGGUGCAGGCAAGAGCUCGCUCGCGCUGGCACUCUUCAGAGCGCUGGAAGCGGAGCAAGGCAAAAUCCUGAUUGACAAUAUGGACAUUGGGCUCAUUGGGCUACAGGACUUGCGAGAGAACAUUGUCAUGGUACCUCAGGACCCGACCUUGUUCACCGGGACGAUUCGAAGCAACCUGGAUCCCUUCGGCCUGUUCACCGACGAAGAAAUUUUCACAGCUCUUCGGGGUGUUCAGCUUGUCGGUGUUGCUACCUCUGCGGCUCCAUCUAGGGUACCGUCAAGGUCGCAAACACCGAUCGGUCGAUCGCGCAAGACGUCGCCUGUCAACAGCAAGCAAUCCCUUCUGAUCCAAGCAACGACAGCCCCRCCAAGUCCGACGAGCGCGUCUGCGGCAUUCGAGAACAAGAACAUCUUCCGCAAUCUAUCCUCUCCGGUGGCCGAAUCUGGUUCAAAUCUCUCCCAAGGACAGCGCCAGCUCCUUUGCUUGGCCAGAGCACUGCUAAAAGCACCCAAGGUUCUUCUCAUGGACGAGGCCACGGCCUCUAUCGACUAUGCGACAGACUCCAAGAUUCAGGAGACGAUUCGCGAGAUUCAAAACACCACAAUCACGAUCGCACACAGACUGCAGACCAUUAUCGACUACGACAAGGUCCUCGUUUUGGACAAGGGCGAAGUCAUUGAGUUUGGUGAUCCGUUUGAACUGGUAAGCCGCGACGGAGGAAUCUUUCGCGGUAUGUGCGAGAUGACAGGCGACCUUGACGUCCUCGAGAAGGAUGCGAAGAAGGCGCAUGAUGCAAGAAAACUCAUCGAUGAUGAAUGA